AUGCUUUUCUUCAGCUUCUUCAAGACCCUGACCAACCAAACGGUCACCAUUGAGCUGAAGAACGAUAUUCGCAUUCGAGGCACCCUCAAAUCCGUCGACCAAUACCUCAAUAUCAAGCUCGAUGACAUCGAAGUUCUGGACCUCGUCAAAUACCCCCACCUGUCAUCAGUGAAGAAUAUGUUCAUCCGAGGCAGUGUAGUGCGGUAUGUCAUGCUGCCUCGAUCGGAGGUGGAUGUUGGCUUGUUGGAGGAUGCUACACGGCGAGGUAAGUUGCGCAUCGUCUUUCUCACCUGA